CCGGUGGAGCGCUCGACGUGAUUCAAGGGGGCCUCUGGAAUCCGAGAUCGUGGAUGUCACGGGAUGCUUCCGGAUGCCAUGGUCGUCCACAGUCCCGGCCAUAGUCCCGGCCGCCUGUCGCUCCCCGCCCGCCGGCUGCCGCUCUUCGUGGUCCUGGUGCUCCUGAUGUGGUUGGGGACCGUGGAGAGCGCCGAGGACGUGCUGAAGCUAAAGCGUCGUGCGUCACACUGCGUCAAGAACGUGCUCACCUACCGGAACACGCCGCCGGACAUGCGGGGACGCUUUCCGCUCAUCGUGGGACGUAUGGUGUCCUUUGUGGAGAAGAUAACGGACAACAACUGGAGCAACACGCUAGCAAGUCUAUACAAGAGUGGUAGCCGACUUCGUGGAAAUUUUACCCGGCUCUUCGACGCGUGCCUGCGCGACCCGUGCUCCGAGGACCCCUACGCCGGCACCUGCAUGCAGAACUUGGUGAUGUACUUCCACAACCGGCACAACCACGCCUGUCAAGAGUUCACGUACACCGGGUGCGGCCGAAACUUCAACAUCUUCGUGACGAGAGAAGAAUGCCAUCGAGUAUGCGUAGAUGGCUACUAAAAACUCAUCAGGACCAUUUUGCCAGUCUUCCGUCCUAACC